UUAUAUCUGUUAUUUAUUAUAAAGUAACAACAUAUACUAUUAAAAAAGAGUUAAGUAAAAGUAAGAGUUUAAUAAUCAAUUAAACGUUUUGAUCAACUUUUAAUGGUAAAACAAAAUGAUGCCAAUGUCUAAUAUAUUUUGCUCAAUAUGCGAUAUGAAAAUUGAUCCUUCAUCUUCUGUAAAUAUAUUUUCUACAUCUUUUCCUCGUCAAGGAGAAUUGUUAGUAAAUUUUGUAUCACAAGUACUUCGUAUAGCUACUUUUGAAUUACAAGACCCUUACAUUUGUCUACAAUGUUACAAUUUGUUUCAAAUGUUAGAACAAGCACAGAAAACUGUUUUAAACAUACGUUGUGAGAUUUUGAAAAUAUAUCAUGCUUGUGAAAGAAGAAAAAAUGUUAAACGAUCAGUGUACGAUGGUACAAAAUUGAAUAUCAGUACAAACAUAGCAUUAGAAGCAAAAAAAUUAUAUAAUAGUAAUGAGAACUUAAAGAAGGUAUUGAAUUUACAAAAUGUUACUCAAGUAGAGGAAAUAGUACAAGAACAAUGUGUUCAAGAUAAUACAAUAUUGCAAAAUAUAAGUAUUUCAAAUACAAAAGCAAAGAAACACUUAAGAAAGGAAACAAUCAAUUAUAAUGAAGCAGAUAGCACAAAAUCAUUUGAUUAUAAUAUUUAUGAUGACAUAAAAGAUGAAAUUUUAAAAAAUGAUAUAUUUCACAAUUCAGUGGCAUUAACUAAUAGUGGUAAUACAUGUAAUAUUAAUUCACAAGGAAAUGCACAUGCAUUAAAAAUUCAUGUUGCAGAAAAAAGCUGUAUUUCACUGACAGAUCCUGAAAGUGAAUCAAAAAAUACUGUAAAAACAGAAUCCACAUUUUCUAACAAUAUACUACAAAUACAAAAUGUUGAAAAUAUUAUAAAAAUAACAGAAAAUACUGUGAACACAACAGCGUCAGCAGUUGACCCAAUAAAAAUACCUAUAAAAUCAAUAAAGAUACCAAAGUAUGAUUUAAAAUCAUUAAAAUAUUCUUGUCCUAUUUGUGGUAAAGUAUGGAAAACAUCGACUGAAUUAAAAACACACAUGAAAACUCAUUCAACAUUAAGACCAUACAUGUGUGAAAAAUGUGGUCAGGCAUAUAAACAUAAACAUGCAUUGGAAAUACAUGUUGGAAUGCAUAAUGGAAUAAAUCCAUUUCAAUGUAAUUUUUGUAAAAAGUGCUUUACACAAAAAGGAGCACUUAUGAGGCAUUUACCAAUGCAUACCGGUGAAAUGCCCUAUCAAUGUGAACUGUGUGGUAAAAGAUUCAUACACCAUACAUCAUACAAUAUGCACAGAUUAUCACAUAGUGGUAAAAAAUCUUAUAAGUGUCAAAUGUGUGAUUUGUCUUUGCUUUCAACAUCUCAUUUGAAAAGGCAUAUGCGAGUUCAUACAGGUGAAAAACCAUAUAGCUGUACAGUGUGUGGAAAACGUUUUGCAGAACGAUAUAAUUUGCUUGCCCAUCAAAAAAUUCAUGAUCCACACGAAAAUAAGGCAAAAAAAGUUAAAGAAACGCAAUUCCAAUGUAAUCAUUGUAAUUUGAUAUUUGAACAGAAAAAAAGCUUAAAUGAUCAUAUGAAGUAUCAUUCUAAUGUGAAUAGUGAAUCUGAUUUUAAACAAUCACAAUGUACACUUCUUCAAGUUGAACCAGAACAUCAUGAACUAUCAAAAAAGGUAGAUUCUGAACACAGUGUAUUACAAGAAACUUGGAUUCAAAUGAAUCGUUCUAAAUUAGACAUUAUUGAUAAUCAAACAAGAUUUGUACUUCUACAAAAUUCUUUACCUCAGAUUGACGAAAAUUCCUUUGCAGUUACAUUUAGUGACCAAAAAAUAUCCUUGGGAAGUACAAACUAUAAUACAAAUUUACAUGUAAUCAUAGAACCAUCAGAUAUAUCACUUUUAAGCAAUAAUCUUCCUUCUAUUGAUAAAAUGCAUAUGUGAUUGAACAUUAAAACAGAAACUUUAGAUUUCUAACAAAUAAUUACUUUAUUAGAAUAUACUUGAAAAACGCUUUAAACAAAUUAAUUAUUUUUUAUCAUAUACAUGUGUAACUAUUAUCAUAUUUUUUAAACUUAGCAGGAUAAUAUAUAAAUCAACUCUGCAUAAAUAAGUAAAGCCAUUAUAAAUAUGUAUUCUUAUGUCAAUUAAGAGUUCCUUGUAUGAAAGUAUUUCUAAAAAAAUGUGUUCACUUUUUGUAAUAUAUAUAUUACUAUUUGAAAACAGACUGUUAUCAAUAAAAUACAUUGUACAAGAUAAUCAUAUAACCAGUAAAAUGAAAACUUUAAAAAAUGAA